AUGGGUAAUAGUGAAGGAUCAACAAUUAAAGGAGGUCUUAUAAUAUCAGCUGAUAAAACUUCCUACAUAGGCGGUGAAAUAGUUACUGGUAAUAUUUUUAUCCAAAUUCAAGAAGCAAUACCUCCUUCAAAAAUCAUUCUUGGCUUCAAAGGAAAAGAGUCCACGAAAUGGAGCGAAAGAAGAGGUUCAGGCAAGAAUAAGCAUUGGAGAAACUAUGAAGGCGACCACCACAUUUCUAACUUUAAAUUUCAAAUUUAUGCCUUAGACGCUUCUCAGCCUAUGCGUAGCUUUACAAUUCCUUUUUCUUUUAAGCUCCCAGAUCACCUUCCUGGGUCAUUUAAUUAUUCACAUGACCGCGCCAGUGCUUUCAUCAGGUACGAAAUGAGAGCAAAGCUUGCUCCUAUGAGUGGUAAAGCAUUUUUAAAAAAUAAAUGCCCAAUAGAAAUUAUAGGUGUUUACUGUGAUUUGACAGAUAGGGCGGAGAAUGGAGAGUUGACAAAUGAGCAUCUCUCAGUAGAUUUGGGCAAACUGACUUGGUAAACCCACUGGAAAAUUACCUCUCCUUUCUCCUGCCCUUAUCGGGCAAAUCACUGUAAAGACCUUUAAACAAGUAGCUGAAAGUAUUCAUCAAAAUAUUGUAUGCGAAAAAACAGCACAAAUUUCGACUUGGUGUUGCUGCAGUAAAGGAAAAAUUGGCAUCAAAGCAAGGAUUGCUAAUUCCCCCCUCCGUGAGCGAACAAAAACCUUUAGAAAAUUCCUAUUUUUUGACCCUCCUUGAGCGAACAAAUAAUUUUUUAUAAAAAAAAAAUUUGAUAUACAAGUGAUAACUAAUAUAAUGAAAUAUCUAGCUAAUUCUGUUUAAUUUUAAACAAGUUGUGUUUUAAAAAAAAAUUUGAAAAUUAAAUUAAUAUUUGCUUUACGAUUUUUGUGAAUUGGGAUUAUUUUGAAAAAAAAAAUUUUAUUAUAAUCCCUUGCAUAAAUUUCAUUUUGCUUAUUUAUGGUAAAUUGAUUUUAAAAUGCCAAAAAAAUUUUUAACAUACCAUAGACUCAGUUUUAUAUAUAAUGGCAUGUCAAAAUUUUUUUGAUAUUUCAAAAUCAAUUUACCAUAAAUAAGCAAAAUAAAAUAUUACCAAUACAUUAUAUAAAAUUUAUAUAUAAAUUUUUUAAAAAAAAAAACAAUUAACCCCCCCCUCCUUGAGAAACAAAACUUUUUGUUCGCUCACAGAGGGGUGAAGUAAGGAUUAUUACACUCCUGAUGAAAUUGCCAUUGUCCUUGCUGAUAUCUUAAUCUUAAUCAUAGUAUAUAAAGGUUCAAGGAGAGUCCAACAAUGGUUAAAUUUUCUGUUUUACUCUUGGUCAGAAGCCCAAAGUCUAACAACUUUUUUUAGGCUGGGAAAAAUUAGCACACUGGUAUGCUGGAAUAUUCUUUCCAACUCUCACUUCCCUUUGAUACAAAAAUCAUUAUCUGUUAUAAAGCAUGCAGUCAGCUUAUCAGCAUUACUCUUCACCAAAUCAAGUAAAACUUAGGCAGAUACACAUUUUCCAAAUGGCAUCCUCCCUUCCUCAAAGUCCUGCGCUCCCUUGCGGGAGCCAUCUACAAGAUUUAAAAAAUCUUCACGUCAUUUUAAUGUAUUAGUUCUUGUUGAUAUCAAUAAUUCCCUUAGUCAGCUAAAAGUUAAAAGAGUAAAAGCAUCCUUAAUAAGACAAGUCAGAUUAAAUGGAAAAGAAACAGGGUUCAGUGCUGUGAUGAAUCUCAAUUUAACGAAUACUGGCCAUACUCAUUUUUAUAGUGAAACUGUUAUGCAAGCGUUUUCUGAAACUGGGAUUCCUGAAGGAAUUAAAAGUGACGGAAGCUCUGAAAAAGAUCCUCUUUUGCAGGGAAAAUUAUUGCAGAUUGCUUUAGAUCUUACCCAGGCAAGAGAUAAAAUCAUUGGCCAUUUUACUACAAAAGGAACUAUUGUAGAGUGUGGCUACAGUCUGAAUAUAGAGGCAGAAAUGGAUGGAUCUUGCAUGUGCUGUGGUGAUAGCCCUUCUGUAUUUUCGCCAGUAAUGAUAUAUCCUGCUGAAUAUGCUCCAGCGCCGUUGCCAACACCUCCUGCAAACUGGAACCCUGAGCUUAUAGGACAAGUAAAUUUAGCUUGGGAUCAAAGGUACGAGGUUCAGCCUUCUACUAAGUAA